GCCCCGGCGGAGGGGGAGGGGCGGAGGGCGGCGAGGCGGAAGAUGGCGGCGCUGGCGCCGGAGCUGCUGGUGCUGAGCGAUGCGGGGCGGUUCCGGGCAGACAAUCUGCUGGGAGCCGAGGACUGGGAUGCCGGUCUCUACGGUUGCCUUGACGACCGCCUGGAACCCACCCACCUUUUCCCCUCCCUGGACCCCGACCCCAUGUUCGACUGUGCCUUCGAGGGUGGGGGCACCGCCAGCCCCCCUGACCCCCCCUGGGGCCUGGAGCCCCCCCCCAGCCUCUUCCCAGAGCUGCAGGUGAAGUCGGAGCCGGGGUCCCCCCCCCCCUCAUCCCGCUGCUCCGACGCCUCCGAGACCCCCCCGGGGCCCCCCAGCCCCCCCGAACUGGGGGUGAAGACGGAGCCGCCCCCCCCCCUGCCCUGCGCCCCCCCAGAUCCCAUUUCUGCCCCCGCGGUGCUGCUGUCGGGGUCGGAGCUGCUGCUGCCGCGGGUGCUGUGCCUCCCCCCGCCCGGACCCCCCCGCGCCCCCCCCGGAACCCCAAAACCCGAGACCAAGAGCAUCGUCCCCGCCCCCCCCGGACCCCCCGCACCCCCCGAGCUCGAUGCGAAGGUGCUGAAGCGGCAGCAGCGGAUGAUUAAGAACCGCGAGUCCGCGUGUCAGUCGCGGCGGCGCCGGAAGGAGUACGUUCAGGGCCUGGAGGAGCGCCUGCGCGCCGCCCUGGCCGACAACGAGCGGCUGCGGCGCGACAACGCCGUGCUGCGGCGACGCCUCGACGCCCUCCUGGGGCAGGGCUCGGAGCUGCGCCCCCCGCCCGGGCCCCGCACCCUCGCCUGCCUCGCAGCCCUCCUCCUCCUCGCCUGCGGUCUCGGGCCCCUCAGCCUCUCGCAGCCCCCCCCCCUGCCGAGCCCCCCCCCCCCCCCGCGGCCGCCGACACCUUUUGGGGCCCCCCCGUUAACCCCUCGUUGCCCCCCACUGCCCCCCAGGAAUUCAUCUCUGGCUCUGGGGGGGCUCCCGGGGGCCCCCGACUGCCCCCGAUUCAACCGCACCGAAUCCCUGCGUCUGGCGGAUGAGCUCAGUGGGUGGGUUCGGCGCCACCAGAGCGACCGGAGGAAACCGGGGACCCCCCCACGGCCCCCCCGACAAAAAUUUCAGGCUUCCCCCCCCUGGAAGGUUCCGGUCUCCUCUCGCCUCAUCGCAGCCCCCCCCCCGCACCCCCAAAGGCCCCCCCCGGGGCAGCUGCAGCUCUACCGCCCGGAUCCCCCCGAACCCCCUUUUUUUGCCGCCAUCGACCGCCGCGAAGACACUUUCUACGUCGUUUCCUUCCGACGGGACCAUCUCUUGCUCCCGGCCAUCAGCCACAAUAAGACUUCGCGCCCCAAAAUGUCUCUGGUGAUGCCGGCGGCCGCCAUCAACGAGAGCCUGUCGGGGCGCGGGGGGGGCCUGGAGGCCAUGAUGCAGGUGGACUGUGAGGUGAUGGACACGCGCGUCAUCCACGUCCGGCGCCGUCCGGCGCCCCCCGGAAACCGCAGCCGCGCCCCCAGCGCCCCCCCGCCAUACCUGGGCGGGGCCUAAAGGGGAGGGGCGGCCGAGGACACGCCCACACCUCAGGCAAGCCACGCCCCCCUCCCGCCAUCCCUGUGGGGGGGGAAGAGUGGACCAGGGUGUGAGGCCACGCCCCUCCACCUGGAAAACCACGCCCCCAGUGAUGUGAAGCCACGCCCCCAAGGGAGCAAAGCCACACCCACACAAAGAGGAGACCACGCCCACAAGGGAGUGAGGCCACGCCCCAUAUGGGUGAGGCCACGCCCCCAAAGGAGUGAAGCUACGCCCCCAUGGAGUGAAGCCACGCCCCCAUGAGGAUGAGUCUCCAGUUGCUGGAGGCCACGCCCCCAUAGAGGGGAAGCCACGCCCCUAUGGGAGUGACCACCCUCACUGGAUAAAGGCGCUGUCCCGGGCUCAAGCCCCACCCCCUCCGUGAGGCCCCGCCCCCGCCAGCACUUACGGGAGUCGCUGUUCCCUCAAGGGGGCGGAGCUUCGUCUCUGGCCCCGCCCACAGGGGCUUUUUUACUACCGAGAUCAAUAAAAUAAUGGGG